CUCAAUACAGAAGGCUCCUCUUUCGCAGGCAUUGCAUUUUCUUGGCUGCGGGAGAAGGCAGAGAGAGAGAGAGAAUAUGGAUGUGAAACUCUAUGAAGCAGCACUAAUGGGAAACGUUCAAUCUCUGUUUGAAAUACUUGUAGAAGAUCCUCUCAUUCUCGAGAGAGUUUCUGUCAAAGAGUCUCCCUUGCACACAGCAGCUCUCCUCGGUCACGUAGACUUUGCAAAAGAGAUCCUCCGUCGGAAGCCCCAACUCGCCCGUGAAUCCAACUCCCAAGGAUUCUCCCCUUUGCACUUGGCAUCAGCGAAAGGCCAUCUUGAAAUCGUAAAAGAGCUUCUGAAGGCCGAUUCCGACAUGUGCCUUGUUCGGGACCGUGACGGACGGACACCUCUCCACAUAGCUGCGAUGAACGGCCGAGCCGACAUCUUGAAGGAGUUAGUUCGUGCCAGACCUGUUGCAACUCGGGUAACGACAGAUCGAGCGGAGACAGUUUUCCAUGUGUGCGUGAAGCAUAAACAUUUGGAGGUUUUGAAGGUGUUGGUGGAGGCCCGAGACGAUGGUGAGGUUGUGCGCAUGAAAGAUGAUGGCGACAACACUGUCCUCCACCUUGCUACUGCAGAGAAGCAGAUUCAGAUGGUCGAGUAUUUGGUUAGCAAGACCAAAGUGGAUGUAAACGCCAUCAACAUAAGUGGCCUGACUGCCUUCGACAUCUUACUAAACAGUCCACAUGAACGAGCUGAUAAAGAGCUGAAAGCUAUCCUUAAAAAAGUGGGAGCAAGAAGCGCAGAAGAAAUAUUUCAUCCCUCGCCGGGCCCGAUUUCAUUAGCAAAUGAGAUGGAAUUGCCAACUAAAAGGAGGAAAACAAAGAAAAGAAAGAGAGAUCACGAUAGGUGGCUGGACGAGACACGGAGCACACUAAUGGUUGUAGCUAUCUUGAUCGCGACAGAGACUUUUGAAGCUGGCCUCAACCCUCCUGGCAGUGUUUGGCAAGACACCCUAGAAGACAACACAGGAAGUGGAAAAGGGCACACAGCUGGGGAGGCUAUAAUGAGCUAUAUAUAUUGGAAAGAAUACAGGGUCUUCAUGAUUUUCAACAGCACUGGGUUUAUUUCAUCUCUGCUUAUAAUCCUAUUGCUGAUAAGUGGAUUCCCUCUUGAACGGAGAGUCCUGUUGUGGAUUCUCACGAUCUUCAUGUGGGUUGCUGUCUCCUCGAUGAUGGUCACAUAUGGCUGCUCUCUUUAUACUCUCUCCUCAGAUGAAGUCUUCAAUAGAAUUCCAUGGCUUACAGUUCGAAAUACAUUCUUCACGUGGUUAGGGAUAAUCGGGCUGCUAUUUGUAGGACAUCUGUAUCGUUUUGCUUCACGCAGGUUCAAGAACUUGCAACUCCUGAGGAAGAAAGAUAGGCUGUUGUCGAUGGAUAAGAGGAAUGUUGGACUCGUGAAGAAGAAAAACAAGCGAUAUUCAACGGAUGAGAGGAAUACAGAUGUUGAGUUGAACAUUGGAUGAUAUAUCUUAAUCUUGUUGAGAAAUAGGAAACAUCCAAUGGGCACCCGAUCACUUAGCUGGCCUCUGUUAUUUUUUAUGUUGUUAUUUUUUAUGCCUUUCUGUUGCUACUUUUGCCUUCCAUACGUCAUACUGUAUUGCUGAUCUUGUUUUGUUCAUGUACACCUUUUUUAUUCAUCCACAUAAUAAAUUAAAUACAGGUAGUCAUUAA